CGAAAGACUCACGCGGAGCGGCUGGGUCAGCGGCGAAGGCGACAGCGCGGCUCUGAGUAUAUACAUCUUGAGAGAUGCAGGCCACUGUGGGAGUAAAGACAGCUGCUAACAAAGAGUGCCACAAUAAUGGAGGAAACAUCCAGAAAGAUGAGCCCUCUAAUCAUAAGAAAGGAAAUUUGUCAUCUUCCAGUGGUUGUAAUGAAGCCAAAGUGACUUUUAGUGAUGAUGACUGGGAUUCCUUGGCACUAGAACAAAGAGCUAAUGACAAAGAAAUCAGCAAUAUUGACAAAGUAGAUUUACUGGAGCCAUCUUUUACUUCGAGUUCAGAUACUAACAGAGAGAGUACUCGCUGUCAGUCAAGGGAGUUUGAAGACAGUAUUGACUAUGUUUUCUUGAAUGAAACAUACUCUAUACUUUAUUCAGAGUCAAAACUAAAGAAUGAAAGUCUUACUCUUUCAAAUUCAGAAUUAGGUUCUGAAAUACAGAAAAGAGAGGAGGUGUUUUUUGAUAUUUUAGAACACAAACUUAAUAAGAUUAUUGACUUAGAAAGAAUCAAGAUUUCAGAUGAUGAUUGUGAAGAAACUGCUGAAGAUGUUCAGAAGUACGAUACAGAUGAAGACUCACAGCAGGAAUAUCAUAGUGCAGAAGAACAAGAAUAUCUGAGUAACCACUUAUCUCUUGAUCAAACAAAAACAUUAAACAUAUCUAAUUUGGAAGUUGUUGGAUUAAGAAAUUCAGGUUAUGAAGUUAAACAUGCUGGCAAUCUAGAAGUUAAUCACAUUGAGUUGGAAAGUUCUAGCAUCUCUUUAGAUUCAAUUGAUGAUUAUGGACAAGAAGAUUCACCUCAUGUCUCCAAAUAUCAGAAUUCUGUUAUGUUAGGAAAAUAUCAUAAACCAAAGCAUGAGAAGUGUAAGGAUCAAGAGACUAGUUUAAUGUAUCACACAGUAUUUGAUGAAAUUAUACUAAGAAACAGUCCUUCUGAAAGCCAGGAAUCUCAGUCUAAGAGUGGUUUUUUUAACCUUCAACAAGCAUUGAAAACCAACAUUUAUACUGGCAAAAUUAAAUCUCAAGUAACUGAAAGUAAAGAUUUUUGUGGAAAUGCAACUGUUGAGAACAAAAUUUUACACCUUGAAAAUCCUAGCACAUUACCACAGGAAAAAGCUUUAGAAACAUUACUACAACCCUUUAACGAUUGUCAAACUUCCUGUACCUCUAUUUGUGAUGAUUCAGUAAUUUCUGCCUGUGGACAUUCACAUUAUAAAAGCCUGCCGAGUAUUCCUAACUCAGUCCUAGAUUUUUCUAUUACUCCACCAAUGAUUGGAGCCAAAGAUAAUCAGGCAAUAAAAGAAGAUAGCUCCCUAAAAGUUACUAAUGGCAAUGUCACAAAUAAAAUGUGCUUUCAUAGUAUAGAAGAAACAUGUCCCAAAUUUACGACAGAGGCAGCUGAGUGCCCAGUCACAGUUAAUCAGACGGUGGAUGCUAGCACUGAUUUCAGGGCUUGUUUCACAAACAGCAGAGGAACAAGUACAAGACCUUCCAUAGUAUCUACAUCUAGCAACACAGACAUAACAAUGAUGAAUAAAAAACGCCCUGGUGAAUGGCAAAGGGGGAAACAAAGAAGUGUGGGUUGUAAUACAGAUUGGUCAUACGGUCAAGACAAUGAAGAUACACCAAUGGCUGUGACAAAAGGAUCGCUGGGAAAACCCCUCUCAGUCGACAGUUUAAAACCUAAUGGAAAUUUCUUAAAUAAGGAUUCCCUGGAAUCAAGAAAAACAACUGCUAUUACAGACUUAAAGGAACAUCCUGAGAGGGAACCUCAACUUUGGAAAGAGAUGGAGAAGAAUUUGCCAUCAAAGUGCUGUCAGAAAACAAUGCAGAGAGCCAUCAAAGCAGAGUUGCACCUUUUAAAUAUUCACUAUCAGUUGUGUCAUCGCCAUUGUAGUGAUAUCUACAAACUUGUAAUGGAAAAUAGGGAAGGAUUAAAUAGGAGUUUAUCAACUAAUUCUACUAAAAAGGAACUAGGAUCAGCACUACUGUCUGUUUUGGGAGACUUAAAAGUUAAAUAUGUAAGCUUGAAAGAAAAAGUAAACAAGGGUAUACCACUGGAAGAGCUGCCCCCUCUGUCAGUAGAAUCAAAAUUAUUAUCUACCUUCUCUACUUUUGCUUCCAGGCUAAUGAAAAAAGAAUCACAAGUCUUUUCAGGAGCAGAUUCUGAACCAGAUAAUCAAAGUACAUGUGAUGUUGAUGUUUCUUCAAGCCUAAAAAAGACACUCUCAGAAAUGUCUUUAUUAUCUGACAAUAGUCAUCCUAAACAAGGUACAUCACCCAAGGAAGAUGGUUUAAAAAAUGGUGAUAUAGAUGGAUACUUUAGUCAACUGAAACUAGAUGAUAAAGAUUCCAAACAUUAUCAAGAAACAAGUGAAGACUGGUUUGAUGCUAAAGAGAGCCUGACAGGAGUUGACUGCUCAGGAAUACAAGAAAAUCAAAUAGAACAAGACAAAUGGGAUCCAAACUUUAUAUCGGAAAUUAAGAAUGCUGAACCCUUACAAAGAGAUAAAGGUUAUUUGGUACAUGUUGGUGGUCUCUGCCCUUCCGUAUCUGAGGCUGAUUUAAGGUCUCAUUUUCAGAAAUAUCAAGUUUCUGAAAUUUCAAUUUAUGAUUCUUCUAAUUACAGAUAUGCAUCUCUUGCUUUAAAAAAAAACAAUGAUGCAAAGUCUGCUGCGAAAGAAAUGAAUGGGAUAGAAAUAAAUGGGAAACCAGUUAAUGUGCGACUUGUUAAAAGUCCUGGAGAAUGUACAUCGCCACUUUCCUCCAAAAGUGGAAGGAGAAUUAGUUUGAAUAAUUUGGAGAAAAGCACCAACAAAGAAAUCAACUCAGCUUCCUCUGCUCCUAGAUUGCCCAGAACUAGACCAAGGCAGCUGGGAUCUGAGCAAGACAGUGAAUUUUUCCAUUUUGACCAAGAGGGUGUCAAGAAGAAGAAUUGUAAACAUAUUGAAUCUACUAAAUUAUUACCUGAUACACCUAUUCGAUUCAUACCUCCAAAUACAUUGAACCUGCGUAGCUUUACCAAGAUCAUGAAGAGACUUGCUGAACUACAUCCAGACGUUAGCAGAGACCAUAUUAUAGAAGCUCUUCAGGAAGUACGAAUAAAUCAUAAAGGUUUCCUGAAUGGCUUAUCUAUUAAUACUAUUGUGGAUAUGACUUCGUCUGUUUUGAAAAACUCUGCUUCCAGUUAGAAAUAAAAGAAGCAAAAGAAUUUCCUUGGAAAGCAUGAGUUUCCUCCUACAGAAAAUGUUCUACAGCACUUAAGAAAAAAUUGUGGUAAUAGUAAGAUGAUGUGAUUAAAUAGGCUUGAUAAGUGGACUUUGGAAUAUGUGUAUUUUUAAGCUUCCAAAAUAAUUACUGAUGAUACAUGUAGUACAUUUUUAUGACUUCAUUGUAAAACAUUUAGAUUUGUUUUCCCUGUUUUCACCAGAAAGAGUGAACCCAGUCAUGCUUUGGUAAAAUACUUAAAUGUUUUUUUAUUCUAUUUUUAAAAAUUUGUAUUGAAGUUGCCAACAUAAUCACGAAUGGUGGCAAUAGUAUUUCAAAGUCAAUGUAGCUGUUUCAUCACCCAGAUUUAAAGCCCUUAAAUUUAAAUGGUCACCAUAUUGCUUGCAUUCAUUUGGUAAUAAUUCAUUUAGUAAUAAGUUCUUUCCUAUUAGGUUAGAGUGUAAAUUAGAACCAUUUUCAAA